AUGCGUGCAGAAGACGUGGAGAAGCUUGUGAAUAACCGACUUCGAGACUUAAAGAUUGGCGGAAAUUUCGAAGAUGCACUACGCAUUGAGGUAGACCGAGCAAACUCCUCACCUUUCACCGUCAAAAUGGAGCAGGCUGCUCCCCCGAAACGAUUCUCAACGCCCUCUUUCACAUGCUUCAAAGGCGAUUCCGACCCCGAAAGUCAUUUGAAGCAUUUCAAGAGCCUUAUGAUCCUCUACAAAGUCGAAGAUGCGCUAAUCUUCAAGGAGCUUACUUACGUCUUCACUAAAGAAUACACUUCUUAUCGGACGAUCAAGAAGAACCCUGACCAUCUGUUCAACCUGCGCAAGAAGCCCGAGGAAUCCCUUCGAGAUUACAUCAAGAGGUUCAAAGCAGAAAAAGCCAACAUCGUAGGGUGCGAUGACCAAAUCGCAUCCUCUGCAUUCAAGAAAGGUCUUCCAGCAGAACAUGACUUAUAUCGUGAGCUGACUAUCGCUCCCAGCCAGACUCUGGCAGAGGUCUUCACGACCGCAGAACGCUACGCACUCUGGGAUGACGAUCGAAUCGCAGCGAAGAAGUCCACUGAGCAGGAAGAUCGACCAGCCAAACGGGCAGAACAAAGAGGCGACAGGCUUGGCAGCAGGGACGAAGACAAAGGCAGGCCACGCCCACAAAGAGAGGCCACGACGAAAGAGAACUACACCAAGUUCUCCAUCCCCAUACAUCAAAUUUUAGCCCAAGUGAAGAACAAACCUUGGGUAAAAAGACCGCCACCCUUGAAAGGAGAUCCAGACAAGAGGGAUACCAGAAAAUAUUGUGCCUUCCAUGCGACACAUGGGCACAAUACGAAUAAUUGCUUUGCUUGGAAAGCGCAUCUCGAAGAACUCGUGAGAGAAGGUCAUUGCACGGAGUUCAUCGCGAAGCAGGCCAUCCAGCAGAUAGAAGACCGCGAUACCGCCAAGGAGCCACCCAAGAAGGUCAUAAGGAUUAACACAAUCCUAGCCGACUCUGAGGAGUCCGGACUGACCAACAAAGAAAAGAAGAGGAAGAUCAAACAGGCUACUAUGAUCUCCCAAGUCUCAACUAGCUUCUCACUGGCAGAAGACGAUCCCGUGAUCGGCUUUCAAAAGAAAGACUUAAUCGGCCUUCAUCUACCGCACAACGACGCCCUUGUCAUCAGCAUUCAAAUCGCUCAGGCCAUUGUCGACCGAGUCCAUGCAGAUGAGGGCAGUGCAGCCAACAUCCUACAAUUGGCAGUCGUCCAACAGAUGGGCUUAGAGGCAAAGAUCAAUAAAUCAACCAAGUCGCUGACUGGUUUCAAUGGCGCAACGACGGUUACUGUGGGCACGAUAGAUCUCGACGUCUACUCUCCAACUGUAAUCAGCUCGCAAACGUUCAUGGUCAUUGAUGAAAUCUCACCCUACAAUGGGCAUUCUAGGCAGACCAUGGAUCGCCAGAUCAACGCCAUCACUUCGCCGCACAUCAGAAGAUUCGCUACCCCAAUCCCGGGGGGCGGUAUCGCCCAGAUCAACAACGAUCAGGCAAUGCCAAGAAAAUGCUCCAGCUCCAAGGGGUGA